CUCCUAGCCUUCAAUCAGACCCAGUACGACCGAGUUCUGUCUAUUGAAUCUGAUUCUACCCUACUUCAGAACAUUGAUGGGCUUUUUCUCUCGCCGCCAGCUACGGUAGCUGUACCGCGGGCCUACUGGCUCUAUCCAGAAAAGAAGAUAGUUGCUUCACACAUCAUGCUCGUGCAGCCCAGCGUUGCCGAGUUCGCUCGGAUAGUGGCAAAUGUAGAACGCGCCGAUAAAGAGUAUGACAUGGAAAUUAUCAAUGACCUGUACAAAGACAGCGCCAUGAUUCUUCCUCACCGACCAUAUGGGCUUUUGACUCGGUCCUUUGGUGGCGUUCAUCAAGACUACUACCUCGGAAAUGAUAAGGAGAUUUGGGACGCGGUGACUGUCUUCAACGAAGCCAAAUAUCUUCACUUCUCUGAUUGGCCCAUGCAUAAGCCUUGGUUGAAAUCCUCCGAGAGUCUGAUCAAGGAGAGGCAACCCGAUUGCGUCAUGAGAAAUGGGACUGUGGAUUGUACCGCGCGAGAACUAUGGCAUAGCUUCUACACAGACUUCAGAGCACGCAGGGCUGUGAGUUUACUCAACGCUUUUCACCUCUUAAAGUGCGAUUUUGCUGACGAACCCAAAGCAAGUUUGUGGAAUCAACACCUAGCCCAACUCGCAAAAGACUUGAACAACCGUUGGUUUAAGUAUAGAAGAAGUGGAUACCCAGCUUUGAAAAUGUUAUGA